AACAAGUGGGUAUGAUGGCUAGGAAGCCCCCGAAACCAGCCCCUCGCAGGAUCUUCCAAGAAAGGUUAAAGAUUACUGCUCUACCCUUAUACUUUGAAGGUUUUUUAUUAGUCAAGCGGUCAGAAUACCAGGAAUAUAAACAUUAUUGGACAGAGUUGAGAGGAACUACACUUUUCUUUUAUAACGACAAAAAAAGUACAAUAUAUGUCGACAAGUUAGAGAUAAUAGACCUCACAUGCCUUAAUGAGCAAAAUUCAACUGACAGCUGUGCAAAAUUCACCCUUGUUUUGCCCAAAGAAGAAGUGCAACUGAAGACAGAGAAUACAGAAAGUGGGGAAGAAUGGAGAGGCUUCAUUCUUACAGUGACAGAGCUGUCAGUCCCUGAACAUGUGCCGCUUCUCCCUGGACAAGUAUUUAGACUGCAUGAAGUCUUGGAGAGAGAAAAGAAAAGAAGGAUUGAGACAGAGCAGCUCCCGAGCACAUCUCUGGAAAAAGAGAGGGAAUUAAGUGACGAUUAUGUGGAUGUACUGAACCCUAUGCCAGCAUGUUUUUAUACAGUGUCUCGGAAAGAAGCAACUGAGAUGCUUGAAAAGAAUCCUUCGCUGGGGAAUAUGAUCUUGAGGCCUGGUAGUGACAACAGAAAUUUCUCCAUCACUAUCCGGCAGGAGAGAGACAUGCCAAGAAUCAAGCACUACAAAGUGAAAAGCAUAGGAAAAAGCUACACUAUUGAACUGGAAAAACCUGUAACGCUCCCAAACCUUUUUAGUGUCAUUGAUUAUUUCAUGAAGGAGACUCGAGGAAAUUUACGACCGUUUAUAUAUUCAACUGAUGAAACUCUCGAAACCGAAGGAUUGCCUUUAACAUCUCUAAAAUAA